CCCCCCGUCUCCUAGCAACAGCCGCUUCCGCUUCCGCAGCGCAUCGCGGCGGCGGCAGCCGCAUGGCGGCCUGAGGGGAGGCGGCGGCGCUGCCCGGCCGCGCGGGCUCACUGGGAACGCGGCGGCCGGGCGGGCCGGGCCGCUCGCUGCCCCUGGGCCGGGGGCCGCGAUGGGGGUUCGGGGCUGCUCGGCGGCGGCGCCCGGUGGCUCCGCGAGCUAGGGAGCGCCGCGGGUCGGGCCGGCGGGAUGGAGGAGCCGGGGAGCGGCGCCGAGUGGCGCCUGGCGCUGUGGACGCUGUGCUCGGUGCUGCUGCCGGUGCUGAUCACGCUGUGGUGCAGCCUGCAGCGGGCCCGGCGGCAGCUGCUCAUCCGCGACAUCUUCCGCAGCAGCAAGCACGACUGGCGCUACACGGACCUCUUCGGGCAGCCCUCCUACUGCUGCGUGUGCGCGCAGCCCGUGCUGCGCGGCGCCUUCUGCCGCUGCUGCGGCCGCCGCGCCGGCGAGGGCUGCCUCAAGCGGGCCGAGCGCCGCUUCCCCUGCAAGGAGACCGUGGCCCGGGGCGGCCGGGCCCCCGCCGCCAUGCCCCACCACUGGAUCCGCGGCAACGUCCCGCUCUGCAGCUACUGCCUGGUGUGCAAGCAGCAGUGCGGCACCCAGCCCAAGCUCUGCGACUACAGAUGUGUGUGGUGUCAGCAUACUGUACAUGACGAAUGCAUGCAGAAUUCUCUAAAGAGUGAGGAAUGUACAUUUGGAGAAUUCAGAGACUUAAUUAUUCCACCGUACUACUUAUCCGCUAUCAACCAGAUGCGUAAAGACAAAAGAACCGAUUAUGAAAAGAUAGUACCUUACUGCAGAAAACACUGGAUCCCAAUAAUCAUACUGGCUAAUACUCGUAGUGGAAACAACAUGGGUGAAACCUUACUGGGAGAAUUUAAAAUUCUUCUGAACCCUGUUCAGGUUUUUGAUCUAAGCAAAAUCACACCUGCUAAAGCACUCCAGCUUUGUACCUUGCUGCCCUGUAAUGCUGUCAGGGUCCUUGUCUGUGGUGGGGAUGGCACAGUGGGCUGGGUCCUGGAUGCAAUUGAUGAAAUGAAGAUAAAGGGGCAAGAACGCUAUAUUCCACAAGUUGCAAUCUUACCUCUGGGAACAGGCAACGAUCUGUCUAAUACACUGGGCUGGGGAGCAGGUUAUGCUGGAGAAGUCCCUGUAGAACAAAUCUUACGAAAUGUCAUGGAAGCAGAUGGAAGCAAGCUAGACAGAUGGAAGGUUCAGGUAACAAACAAAGGAUACUACAAUUUAAGGAAACCAAAGGUGUUCACAAUGAACAACUACUUUUCUAUAGGACCUGAUGCUCUCAUGGCUUUAAAUUUCCAUGCUCAUCGUGAGAAGACGCCCUCUCUGUUUUCCAGCAGAAUUAUUAAUAAGGCUGUUUACUUUUUCUAUGGAACCAAAGACUGCUUAGUACAAGAAUGUAAAGAUCUCAACAAAAAGAUUGAGCUAGAGUUGGAUGGUGAGAGAAUCGAGUUGCCCAACUUGGAAGGCAUCAUUGUUCUGAAUAUUGGAUACUGGGGAGGUGGCUGUAGACUCUGGGAAGGAAUGGGUGAUGAACCGUACCCCUUGGCAAGGCAUGAUGAUGGACUGCUGGAAGUUGUUGGAGUUCAUGGUUCUUUCCACUGUGCCCAGAUACAGGUGAAACUAGCAAAUCCUGUUCGUCUAGGACAGGCACAUACAGUGAGGCUGAUCUUGAAGAGUUCAAAGAUGCCAAUGCAGGUGGAUGGUGAACCGUGGGCUCAGGGGCCCUGCACUGUUACCAUAACUCAUAAGACACGUGCACUGAUGUUAUAUCACUCUGGCGAACAAACAGAUGACGACGCUUCCAGCGUGUCUGAGCAAGAGCACGUGAGAGAGCAGACAGAUGAAGAUGCGUAGGUUUUGCAGUUUAAGAACACUGAACAUUUAAUCCAGGUGAAUGCUUAUGCUGUAAGGAUCCUGCUUGUGAACAAACUAGGGUUGAGGAAAAAGCCAUGCUUUUACAUUCAUGAAAACUUUUACAGCUGAAUUACUGCAACUACUUUGCCUUUUUGAUUGGUCGUGCCCAGCCCUUCCAGCUGGAGGAGUUAGUUACUCCAGUGGCAGGAGAGGAACAGAUACUGCAGCCUUUCGUUGCUGUGCUAGCAGAUGUCAGCACAUACACGGUAUAGUGUGCAAAAGGCUUAAUGCUCCCGGAAAGGGGAGCAUGUGAGAGUUUGGCCUGAUGCCACCUGCCCUUUUUCCCAGGAACAGCUUCAGAACAGAAAAGCAGACCAAGCAGGAUGUGGGCUGAUUUUUAUGACAGCAGCCUGCUCCUGGUUGCCAUCUUUUCUGGAGAGUGGGGACAUGCUUUUCUGAGUACCUGCUUGUGCAGUACUUAUCUAGCACUCUUGACUGGAAGAGUGGAGGAUCUGGGGUCUUCUGGGAAGGAGGUAAGCAAGGAAGAUGUUUUUGGAGAAGAGGUUUCUGGAAAUGGUCUGUUCGCCAAUGACUCUUUCAAUGGCUGUGUAAGACACAAAAUAGAAUACUUCUGAGGUCCUCAGUACCCAAGAUACAGCAUCAAAAUAAUUCUACUAUGACUUGCACUGAAUGGUCUUAUGGCUAACUGCUACAAUUAAGUGAGGGGUUGAUUCUAGGCUUUAUAAAUAAGCAGCAUGUCUUAGUUGUUGAGUAGGCUUGUUGGAAGAGACCAUGGACAAGGGAGCUAUCUCUUUAGUUGAAUAUAGCAGGGCUUUAAAGAAAUUAUGAAGAUCAGCAAUGUUUUUAAAAGGCUGUUAAAGUUCUUGCUUGAUAAUUAGCUGAAAAUGAUAGAGCAAGUUAAUCUGUUAACCAUGUCAGUAAGUGUGGGGGUUGAGAGCUAAGCUUUCAGAGGUUAGCAGGUUUUAACCUUCAUGUGUAUAACUUGAUUCUGGGGGAGAGAAAAAAAACACACACAAACACAGAAACAUUUGUUUUCUGAUUGGCUCUUAAGGUGUUCAAGAUACCUUGUUGGACCUAAGUCUGCAUUUCCCGUAUAAAUAUGUGACCACAGAAAAAGUUGAUGGCCUAUAUUGAUAAUAAACAUUAAGGACACAUACAACACUACACACAAACUGUCAGUUUGACAUAUCUGAAGCUUCUCAGGUUAAAAGCUUCUCAGGUGAAAACAUCUUCAUGAUUAAGAGGAGAAAGUAUCUGCUUCCUUUUUUUCCUUUUCUUAUAAGUGUUUUAAGCCUGCAGCAGCUGAGCGCUAUGAGUUAAAGUUUAAAUUUUGUCACUAAGUAUUCAUUUAAGCCUAGUUGAUUUACUGAAGGUCAUAAGUUGAUGUAUUGAAGGUCGUAUCCAAGUAGGAAGUGGAUUUAUGCUGGAUCUAUACUGCAUAGGCUAAGAACAGUAAGAGAAUUUGAGGGGCCUUGAUCCGAACAUUGAAUAUUGCUUCAUUUCUCAAAACUCCCCAUUCUUCCUUUUUUUUUCCUUUAUGCUAAUUGAAAGUGAUACCAUUGGGUAAAGUAGGGUGUGUUUUUAGGUUUUGUAAAAUGCAGCUGUUUUACAACAAUCUAUAAAACAAAAAAGUUUGCAUUAACAGUGAAUGAAGUAUUUAUAUUUUAAAAUAACUUAUUGAAGCCUUGACAAAGUCGAUAUUUUUAAAACCUUCCAUUGUAAUCCUCUUUGGAGAGCAUUUUUAACUCAAUGGUGUUUGUUCUAGAAAGUGUAUGUGCUAGAUCUUAAAUACUACUGAUUAUCAGUGAAUGUAUAGAUGUGUAAAAAUGUGAUUAGAGUGUAAUGAGCUGUAAAGCAGAAGCCACUUGUAAAUUCCAUGUUCAUUAGCCGUAUACACCUCACUUCAUUUUAUAAUAUGUAAAUAUGGAGAACAUGAAUAGUUAAAUAUAUUUAAAAGUAUUUAAAAUACCCCAAAACAUGCAAUGUUAGAUAAAUCCAGUAUCCUAAUUUUUUUUUAGUUAUGAAGAUAGAAUUUAUAUUGACUUUAAAAAUCUUACUAGUUAGAAGUUAUUAAUUUAUUUUUAUGUGAAUAACUUAUAAACAUCAGCAUCCUAAAAAAUAUUUAGGUUCUAUGCUGUGGUUCUCGAACUAUUGUUUACAAACAAAUUACAAGUCUCUGGAAAACCAGGGUAUGCGCUAUGAAAAGCAGUAUUUUCUCAACAGAAAUGGCAGUACUGGCUGCUUGGUCUAAAUUAUUCAUAACGGAGUUUGAAGAGCUGCCUAAAGCUGAUCAGAUAAUUAUUCAGACAGUUAACAGUUCUUAGGAUAUAAAACAGUUCCAAAACUUCAGUCUUUGCACUCCCAGCAUCUAAUGAAAAAAAAUUGACGUGAAGAGUUUGAAAAGCCUCCCUUUUGUACAGCAGUUGAGACAGCUUCUCCACUUCUGUCUUGCCUGGGUGGAGUAACACUCAGGUACUGUAUUUGUGCAGGUUAGAUCCUCCCACUUACUGCAGCUUCCUAGGAAUCCUGUCCUAAAUGUGUGAAAUAGUCUUUGGGAACCCUAAAUCCAUCAUUAGUUCUGCAGAAGCAUAAGAGAAGUGAAAGGAGCAUCUAGCUGGGCACUUGGUUCUUUGGGAGAACUGCCUGUAAAUGGCCUUACUCAUACUGGACAGACCACCCCCUUCUUGCGUGUGGUAGGAAGAAAGCCAUGUUUCAUAAAAUGACUCUUGGUGAUUGCAGCAGAUAAGUAGCAAACUUAUCCAUUUUAGGCACGAGAAGUCUCUAGUAAAACUGUAUUUAUGAUAUAGAAAAUAUUCUACAAAAUUGAAGUGUCCAGUUCCCAGUCAGACAUGGCGUCGGUCAUCCUUCUACUGUGACUAUAUGUAGUUGUAUGUAUGACAAACUUUUUUUUGAGACGUAAAUGUUAGUGCUAGAAUUUGGGAAGUCUUGCUGGUUCCAGCACUGAAUCCUUCGAUUUAAAUGUGUCCUCCUUUCCAGUAUGUUGCAUAAUGAGUUAGUCCGUUUUGAAUGACUCUCGUGGAAUGGUUCAGUUCUAGCCCAACUGCAGGGAGUAAAUGUCAGCAAUGGGCUCCCAGAUUCUAACGCUAAUGUGAAUGAAGUGGUAAAGCACUUUUCGAGUUUGUAAAAUAGCUGUAGCUGCUUCUUGUUGUGUGUGUGUGUCGUGGAUGUGAAACUGCUACAUGCUCUUUUUUAAUGUUGUUGGUAAAAGAUGUAAAGCACCGGAAACCUAGAAAUACUGCAGUGCCCUCUCCAUCCAGAGGAGGGUACUCUUGGGCUGAACUUCAUAUCCUGCACUGAAGGAUUCUCCCAUGCCCUCUUAGCGAUUAAAUGGUGAAAAGGGUGUUUCAGAAAGACAAAUAAUGGAUAGUUUUUAGCUUCUCAGUCUUCAUAUAGUGUAACUUCAUGUAAAAUGUAUAGGGUGAAUAUUACUGUAAAAAAAUUGUUCAGCAUUCAAAAGUGAAUUCACAAAGUUUAUUUUGUAGUCUUAUCGCAGCAUGCAGUAGUGUAACUGAAGGUUGAUCAGAGUCUGAUAACUUCCUUUAUUGUGGGUUUGAAGUCCUGUGAAAUGCACUUCAGAAAAGUUAAAUUUGCACGGAGAGGCUUUCUGUGAGCGAGCUUCCUGCCUUGCUCAGACCUGGUUGGUUUACACAUGCACGUUGAGAGGGGAUGUGCAUGUCUUCGUAUGCAUGGAGCCUUUUGUCGUAGGCUUUGUAUUACUUUGUUUUUUCACUUUGAGCAAUUCAUAGCAGGAUUAAAAUAAGCUGGUUUAGAUGCCCUGAGAUUUUUCCUUCAUAUUUGGACUCUCUUAUAAAAAGGUGUCUCAAGUCCAAACUUAAAUUUUUCAUCUUUAAAUAAAAAACAGCUGAGGUGAGUGGCAUCCAAUUUUACACUUUUCAAAGUAUUUCUGUAGUUCUUGAUGUUUAAAGCAGCUUAUGGCAUAUUUAGAACAUAAUUUUAAAAGAACUUUGGAAUUAUUGUAGUAGAGAACAUUGUUUUCUUUCUUGUGGAGCGGUGAGACUUCUGUUUCAAAUGAGUAUUUAGUUGAAAACUAUGUUCAAGUUUGGAUGCUUCUCAGCUACUGUUACGAAUUGCAUUUAAUGUUCGUAAUGUAGAGACAGUCUAGUUCAAUUUAUGCAUUUAAAAUUUUUCUGUAAAUGGCUAAUUUCACUAUUGCCCCUUCCUAGUUUUUUCAGAUCUUGCUUUUCUUAGGCACUGAGUAACUUGAAAAUAUGAUUUAUUUUAGUCUGAAACAUUAAGCACUUGCUCUUGGAAAACAGACCUGAGUUUCUCCUGGUUAGGUAAGAAAAUACUACAGUGUUUGAAUACAGCUUAGAGACUAAUUCAUCUUCCUUUAGGCAAUGCUAUAGCAAGAGUAAGUUAAAUAUAUUCAGUAUAAUUUCAGCUGAUUAGGAUUAAGAAUUUAUGUUCACCUGUACAUUUUGUCUUGGUAGUAUUUCUAACUGCUCAGUAAGCACUUUUUUCUCAGUCAUUUAAUUACGCAUUUUAUGCUGGCUUAUUUGCCUCUAAAAUACUGUCAGGUGGGACAGUGUCAAAAGCCCUACUAAACGCAGAGUAGUGAUACUUUAUACCAGUUAGCUUGUCAGCAGAGAAAAUCAGAAGGGUUUUAAUGCAAUUUAUUCUUAGCCCAGCAGCCCACCUGUUUGGGUUUUUUAAUCACCUUAAUCACCAGUUUACUCAAGUUAACACCUUGGCCUGUUCUAAUACCUUGCCAGGUGUUAUGUUCCAGCCCCCCUUGCCUGCUUUGAAAUCGUGGUGUUUGCUCUUCACUGCUGGUGAGGAAUCUCCCUGUUCUCCACAGGUGCUCUGAACUAAUAGUUAGUUUCUGGUGUCAAUUUGGCCAGUUCCUUUUGGUUCUGCAUUGCAUGCACUGAAGCUCACAGCUUUUUUUUAAAAAAAGUAUAUUAUUAUAUCUAACUGUAUAAUUAAAACAAACUCAUAAAGCACUGUAGCAGCAUAACAGUAUCAAUGUUAUAAUACAUACUUUUUUUUUUCUUACUUAGGAAUGAACCACUCUUUUUCUGAAGAGCACCACUGUAACCUAGUUAGUUAAUCUGUGGUUAAGAGUAGGAUACUUAGGAAUCUCUGCAUGUGUUCUAGAUGAAAUACAGAACAAAAAGGUUUAUGAGACCUAGUAUUAGCAGUUUUCUCCCUUUUAAAAAAGAAAAAAAAAGGACCCUUCAGUUAGGAGUAAGCUAGGAUAUCUUUAGAUUUAAAAGUACUAGUAACAUCACUGAUCCUGUUGAAUGUGAGCCCUUAUUUUGAGAUGCUGAAUUUUGUUCUGAGAAAUUAUAGCUGCUUCCUGAACACAGGAAUAACAUAACGGAGCACCAUGUCUUCAUUUAACAGUUAGGUAUGUUGAGAGAAUUUACAUGUGUACUUAAAUUCAUUCAGGCCACAUUUCCAGAAGCAUGAUAUAAUCCAGAUUUUUUUAGCUCAGUAAGAGUGCUAAAUACCCAGUUCAGAUUCUGGGGUUCUCAGGGAGAAGCUUCUAGCUGGUGUAAAGCCACAUGCCUCAAGUGAAUAGAGUGAUUUUGUGCUGACUUACAGUAGCUGAGCAUCCGACCCUUACUAUUUAAGUCUGAAUGUAUUCAAAAUUUUACUUUGUUUCUGAUUAAUACUGCCCUGUUUACUGUACUUAUUCUUUUAUUGCUGUAUGUAACUCAUUUUGUUGCAUUUUGUUUUAUUUGCAACUUGUUUGUAGAUUUCAGCAUAAAAAUCAUUGUUUUCUUUUUAAGAGGAAGUGGAAGCUAAUAUUGUUGAGUUUAUUCCAUUUUGUAUCUUCAAAGUUUACAUCCCUCAAAAGCCAUUUUGUCUGCUACCAACUAUUGUAAUCCUUAGAGUACCUCCAACCAUUUUCUCUUUAUAAGAUUUUUAUAGUUAAACAGAAUGGAUUUUUAUUUUUGUAGCUUGUAACUUCAAUAUGUAUAGUUAUUUCUAUUCAGUAAUUAGUGAUCAGAGUAGUGUAAGAAUGUGACUCUUAAGAGCUGUAACCUUAAAUUAGUCAUAACUACUUACAAGAAAAUACCAGCAUGUUAAGUUUAAAAAAAAAAAAAAAAAAAACAGUUUGGAAAUACUGUGAUGCUGUGAUUUUUGUGAUUUGUAUUGACUGUGUUUAUGAAUAUUCUGAAGUUGUACUAAAUGAGAAAAAAGAAACUUAAAAAUGCAAACAGCUGUUCAAAAGUAGAAUUUGUAAUAUCUUAGUUCUUGUCAGCCAACAAAGAUGACAUUUGGGAUUCAGUGGGGUUUUUUUCCUUUUUCCCUAUAGAACACUAGUGCAAACAUGAUCAGAUGUACUUGACAAAACAGUAGCUUCCUCAUGUCUCGUAUUUUAAGAUAAACAUAUUAGUGUCCAAAGAUAAUAAAGCCGUUUGUACUGUCCUGACUUAUCUUCCCAGAAGACAAAAACUCAGAGCAAAACUGAAUGCUCACACCUGUAAAGUAUACUGUUUGCAAACAAAUAACCAGUCAGCAUAAUGUUGAACCUCCAGUGUAAAUUUUUAAAGGUAAAAGUUUUUUACACUUUUCUUGGCAUCAGGUGAUGCUUGCAAAUCCCAAUUUUUUUUUCCUUUGGUGUUUAAAAGAAAGUAGGCUGAAAUGAGAGGAGGAGGAGGUAUUCAUGUAAAACUCUUACCGUAAAACAGGAAAACACACUUUCCAGCUAUAUUUGCUGUGUGGACACAGCAAGAGUGAUUCUGGAACUUCUCGUAAAACUUUCUGCGUUGUUUGCACCCUUAUUGGCUUGAUCCAACAUUGCUGAAGCAGAUGAUAUCACCCUAGGCCCCUGUAACAGUGACAGGUUUACUCGAUCAUUACAUGUGGGUGAUGUGUAUCAUUGAAGAACUUGAGCCAGGUUCUGUCAAUAAGAAGCAGUAACUUCAGUGAAGUUGCAGAACUGCAUCAGGUUCUGUGGCUUUACUCCACAUUUACACAGGUAUGACUCAGUAAAACUUUGCCUUCAGUCGGUUGUAUCAUGGCCUGUUCCUUAUGACUUGGGCAUGCAGAAAGCUCCUUUGAGAAACAUCUGCUCCAUAUUCUCAGAAGUUUGUAAAUAAGUUUUUCACAGCACUGACUUUCUGAAUUUCUUAUUGCAUCUUUUUGUCAUGUUAUUUCUACUGUACUUCUCUGUAGACUGAAGUGUGUACAUUAAAGUAUUUAAGCUCAUGUAACUCUUCCUGUUCCUUAUGAUGUAAACAGCAAAUAGUCUUCACAUCUGUAAUAAACUUGUGAUAAAGAUAA